UCUAUCAAGAGGUGAAGAACGUUGGCUAUACAAGAUUGUUAGAACAGAGUGUGUUACUGUAAGGAAAGUUGGGUGUGACAACCUUUAUUUUACCUUUCUUGGCAUAUUAAUCGUUCAAGGUGUUACUUGUUACCUGGACGACAGAAAAUCUAUAGACUUGGUGUACUUCAGUUCUCAAAUAUCUUUUGAUAAGAUGCCACAUAAGUGAUUAGCUAAGAAAAUCGUAUCCGUAGAUGUUGAGGAAAUACUAGUUAAUUACAUGAUAAGAUGAUUUGAUAGGAGAAAGCAAAAGGCUGUCAUGAAUGAAGUACAAAGAGACUAGACUGUCGUUACCAGUGGAGUGCCUCAGGGGAAACCAUGGAGAACGCCCUCCACGCCCGAGACCGGGCGGGUGUUCAGGAUUUUGUGCUGCUUGAAGAUUACAGGAACGAGGAAAGUUUCAUAGGAAACUUAAGAAAAAGAUUCAAAGAGAAUCAUAUUUAUACUUACAUUGGAUCAGUUUUGGUCUCUGUGAAUCCUUACAAAGACUUGGGGAUCUACAAAAAAGAAUUCGUGGAGCACUAUCGGAAUGUAAACUUCUACGAGUUACCACCGCAUGUGUUUGCAAUUGCUGAUACAGCCUACAGACUUAUGCGAGAGGAAUGUUGUGACCAAUGUAUCCUGAUAUCUGGAGAAAGUGGAGCGGGAAAAACAGAAGCUUCAAAAAAAAUUCUCCAUUACCUAGCUGCUGCUAGCUAUCAUGCUAAGCAGGUGGAACACGUUAAAGACAAACUUUUAAAAUCAAAUCCUGUCUUAGAGGCUUUUGGCAAUGCAAAAACCAACCGUAAUGAUAAUUCCAGCAGGUUUGGCAAGUACAUGGAUAUUGAAUUCAGCUUCUUGGGAGCACCACUUGGUGGUCACAUCUUGAAUUACCUACUGGAAAAAUCACGUGUAGUUCAUCAAAAUCCUGGUGAGAGGAACUUUCAUAUAUUUUACCAAUUAGUGAUGGGAGCAGAUGAUGAGUUGCUACAGAAGCUCUUCCUUCGUCGAGAACCUGAGUUGUAUUACUACAUGAACCAGGGAGGCAGUACUAGAGUGAAUGGAAUAGAUGAUGCAGCACAGUUCCAAGUGGUAAAAAGUGCCUUAACAGUCAUUGAUUUCACAGAAGAGGAAGAAGAAGCUUUAUUUACAACUGUUGCAUCUGUUUUGCACCUUGGUAAUGUGGGUUUUACUGAAAAUAAUGGUCAAGCCAUAAUAGCACAAGAAAAAUCGGUAUCUUCUGUAUGCAAGCUUUUAGGAUGUCCAGAAGACAUGUUGAAAGAUGCACUUACUCAUCGCACUAUUGAAGCUCGUGGAGACUCUGUUGUGAGUCCACUGAACCGGGACCAGGCUAUUUAUGCCAGAGAUGCUCUCUCUAAAGCUGUGUAUGAGAGACAGUUUAAAUGGUUAGUCAAGAAACUAAAUGAUUCACUAGAGAAUAAGGAUGAGUCCGGGAGGAAAACCUUAAUGGGAUUACUAGAUAUAUAUGGAUUCGAAAUUUUUAAAAACAAUAGUUUUGAACAAUUUUGUAUCAAUUAUUGCAAUGAGAAACUUCAACAACUUUUCAUCCAGUUAACCCUAAAAUCUGAACAAGAAGAAUACAAGAGAGAGGGGAUUGAGUGGGAAACAAUAGAGUAUUUCAACAACAAGAUCAUUUGUGACUUAAUAGAAGAGCAGCAUAAAGGUGUUAUUUCUGUUCUGGAUGAAGAAUGUCUUCGACCUGGUGAUGCAACUGAUUUAACAUUCCUUGAUAAACUUGAGACAACUGUUGGAUCACAUCCACAUUUCUUGUCUCACAAACUAGCAGACAACAAGACCAAAAAAACCUUAUCGAGAGAGGAAUUCAGACUCAAACAUUAUGCAGGAGAUGUAACAUAUAAAGUUGAAGGUUUUCUGGACAAGAAUAAUGACCUACUGUAUCGAGAUCUUAAAAGGACAAUGACAAAGACAUCCAACCUCAUUACAAAAAGUACAUUCCCUGAAGAUGAGCUUACAAGUAAAAAAAGACCAGAUACGGCAGCCACACAGUUUAAAAAGAGUUUAUCUCAGCUAAUGCAAAUUCUUAUGUCCAAAGAACCAUGGUACAUUCGGUGUAUAAAACCAAAUGAUAACAAACAGUCAGCUGUGUUUGAUGACACAAUUGUGGGACAUCAAGUGAAAUAUCUUGGUCUCAUGGAAAACCUGCGAGUUCGGAGGGCAGGAUUUGCAUACAGACGCCCUUAUGAAGUUUUCCUUAAAAGAUACAAGUGCCUCUGUCCUGGUACUUGGCCAAAUUAUCAGGGCAGUGCUAAAGAUGGAGUGGAGAAGCUAGUAAACCACUUGGGUUAUCGACCAGAUGAUUAUAGGAUGGGAAAAACUAAACUUUUUAUUCGUCUUCCACGAACCCUCUUUAAAACGGAAGAUGAUUUCCAGCAUAAGAAGCAUGACUUGGCUACAAUAAUCCAGGCCAAGUUCAGAUGCUAUAGUCAGAAAAAGAAGUUUCUACAGAUGAAAACAGCAGCAACUCUCAUAGCAUGCUAUUGGCGAAGAUAUUCAGCCAAGAAGUUACUUGAGAAAAGGAGAUGGGCAGUUAAGGUGAUUCGCAGCUUCAUCAGAGGCUUUAUUACAAGAAAUGAAGCAGAAAAUGAAGACAAUAAGCGUUUUGUGCAGUGUGUGAAGGCUGAAUAUUUACGCCGUCUUGCCCACAAGUUGCCAAAAAACAUCCUUGACAAGUCUUGGCCCCAUGCUCCUGGAUCUUGCCUUAAGGCUUCAGAUCUGUUACAUGACAUGCACAAGAAGUGGCUGGUCAGAAAAUACUGCAAGUCUAUUUCUGCUGAACGAAAAGCUCAGCUUGACCAAAAGGUUGUGGCCCAUGACCUCUUUAAAAACAAGAAGCAAAGUUACCCUAAAAGUAUUGCAAGGCCAUUUGUUGAAAACAGACUGACAUCUGAACAAAAUUCUCUUAAAUCGAGUGCCUUUGACAAAACUACCAAACCAGAAGAUGAAAAGACUUUGUACUGCACACAGGUUACAAAGUUUGAUCGUCAUGGCUACAAGGCUCGUGGAAGAAUCCUUGUUUUGACCACCAAAGCCAUCUAUCUAUUAGAUGAUAAAGAUUGUAAACUAAAACAUCGACUAAACUAUCAAAACUUAAUGGGUUUGUCUGUAAGUGGCCUAACAGAUGGUAUACUAGUGCUGAGGAUAUGCAAGGAGCUAAAAAAGGACAAGUGUUUGGGAAAAAAUAUAAAGCAUUUGGAUGAAGAGGAAAGAGCUGAGAGUACUUGUCUGGCAUUUCAUGACAAGCCAGAUCUACAGUUUGCCCCUGAAGAAGAAAGAUCUACCUUUUGA